GGCGUCCCACCUGGGAAUUCCGUUGCACCGCACAGCCGAACCCGAGUGUGUCAAUGGGUGUGUGUUGGAGUGAGGAUGGCGACGAGAAGAUCACUCGCGGAAUAACUUAAUUUGGAGUGCAAUCUAAAGCCACUUCAAAGAAUCACCUUGUUUUCUUGCUGACAUUGCAGUGGGGAAGAUGAGACCCAAGGACAUUCAGCCAAGAGGGAAAUAUACCUCAGCCAGCAUGGCGGCCUCUUUCCCACCCACUUUGGGACUCAGUUCUGCCCCAGAUGAAAUUCAGCACCCACAUAUUAAAUUUUCAGAAUGGAAAUUUAAGCUGUUCCGGGUGAGAUCCUUUGAAAAGACAGCUGAAGAAGCUGAAAAGGAAAAGAAGGAUUCCUUUGAGGGGAAACCCUCUCUGGAGCAAUCUCCAGCAGUCCUGGACAAGGCUGAUGGUCAGAAGCCAGUCCCAACUCAGCCAUUGUUAAAAGCCCACCCUAAGUUUUCAAAGAAAUUUCACGACAAUGGGAAAGCAAGAGGCAAAGCGAUCCAUCAAGCCAACCUUCGACAUCUCUGCCGCAUCUGUGGGAAUUCUUUUAAAACUGAUGAGCACAACAGGAGAUAUCCAGUCCAUGGUCCUGUGGAUGGUAAAACCCUAGGACUUUUACGAAAGAAGGAAAAGAGAGCUACUUCCUGGCCGGACCUCAUUGCCAAGGUUUUCCGGAUCGAUGUGAAGGCAGAUGUUGACUCGAUCCACCCCACUGAGUUCUGCCAUAACUGCUGGAGCAUCAUGUACAGGAAGUUUAGCAGUGCCCCAUGUGAGGUUUACUUCCCAAGGAACGUGACCAUGGAGUGGCACCCCCACACACCAUCCUGUGACAUCUGCAACACUGCCCGUCGGGGACUCAAGAGAACGAGUAUUCAGCCAAACUUGCAGCUCAGCAAAAAACUCAAAACUGUGCUUGACCAAGCGAGACAAGCCCGUCAGUGCAAGAGAAGAGCUCAGGCAAGGAUCAGCAGCAAGGAUGUCAUGAAGAAGAUCGCCAACUGCAGUAAGAUACAUCUUAGUACCAAGCUUCUUGCAGUGGACUUCCCGGAGCACUUUGUGAAAUCCAUCUCCUGCCAGAUCUGUGAACACAUUCUGGCUGACCCUGUGGAGACCAACUGUAAGCAUGUCUUUUGCCGGGUCUGCAUUCUCAGAUGCCUCAGAGUCAUGGGCAGCUAUUGUCCCUCUUGCCGAUAUCCAUGCUUCCCUACUGACCUGGAGAGUCCAGUGAAGUCCUUUCUGAGCGUCUUGAAUUCCCUGAUGGUGAAAUGUCCAGCAAAAGAGUGCAAUGAGGAGGUCAGUUUGGAAAAAUAUAAUCACCACAUCUCAAGUCACAAGGAAUCAAAAGAGACUUUUGUGCACAUUAAUAAAGGGGGCCGGCCCCGCCAACAUCUUCUGUCGCUGACUCGGAGAGCUCAGAAGCACCGGCUGAGGGAGCUCAAGCUGCAAGUCAAAGCCUUUGCUGACAAAGAAGAAGGUGGAGAUGUGAAGUCCGUGUGCAUGACCUUGUUCCUGCUGGCUCUGAGGGCAAGGAAUGAGCACAGGCAAGCCGAUGAGCUGGAGGCCAUCAUGCAGGGAAAGGGCUCUGGCCUGCAGCCAGCUGUUUGCUUGGCCAUCCGUGUCAACACCUUCCUCAGCUGCAGUCAGUACCACAAGAUGUACAGGACUGUGAAAGCCAUCACAGGGAGACAGAUUUUUCAGCCUUUGCAUGCCCUUCGGAAUGCUGAGAAGGUACUUCUGCCAGGCUACCACCACUUUGAGUGGCAGCCACCUCUGAAGAAUGUGUCUUCCAGCACUGAUGUUGGCAUUAUUGAUGGGCUGUCUGGACUAUCAUCCUCUGUGGAUGAUUACCCAGUGGACACCAUUGCAAAGAGGUUCCGCUAUGAUUCAGCUUUGGUGUCUGCUUUGAUGGACAUGGAAGAAGACAUCUUGGAAGGCAUGAGAUCCCAAGACCUUGAUGAUUACCUGAAUGGCCCCUUCACUGUGGUGGUGAAGGAGUCUUGUGAUGGAAUGGGAGAUGUGAGUGAGAAGCAUGGGAGUGGGCCAGUAGUUCCAGAAAAGGCAGUCCGUUUUUCAUUCACAAUCAUGAAAAUUACUAUUGCCCACAGCUCUCAGAAUGUGAAAGUAUUUGAAGAAGCCAAACCUAACUCUGAACUGUGUUGCAAGCCAUUGUGCCUUAUGCUGGCAGAUGAGUCUGACCACGAGACCCUGACUGCCAUCCUGAGCCCUCUCAUUGCUGAGAGGGAGGCCAUGAAGAGCAGUGAAUUAAUGCUUGAGCUGGGAGGCAUUCUCCGGACUUUCAAGUUCAUCUUCAGGGGCACCGGCUAUGAUGAAAAACUUGUGCGGGAAGUGGAAGGCCUCGAGGCUUCCGGCUCAGUCUACAUUUGUACUCUUUGUGAUGCCACCCGUCUGGAAGCCUCUCAAAAUCUUGUCUUCCACUCUAUAACCAGAAGCCAUGCUGAGAACCUGGAACGUUAUGAGGUCUGGCGUUCCAACCCUUACCACGAGUCUGUGGAAGAACUGCGGGAUCGGGUGAAAGGAGUCUCAGCCAAACCUUUCAUUGAGACAGUCCCUUCCAUAGACGCACUCCAUUGUGACAUUGGCAAUGCAGCUGAGUUCUACAAGAUCUUCCAGCUAGAGAUAGGGGAAGUGUACAAGAAUCCCAAUGCUUCCAAAGAGGAAAGGAAAAGGUGGCAGGCCACACUGGACAAGCAUCUCCGGAAGAAGAUGAACCUCAAACCAAUCAUGAGGAUGAAUGGCAACUUUGCCAGGAAGCUCAUGACCAAAGAGACUGUGGAUGCAGUUUGUGAGUUAAUUCCUUCUGAGGAGAGGCACGAGGCUCUGAGGGAGCUGAUGGAUCUUUACCUGAAGAUGAAACCAGUAUGGCGGUCAUCAUGCCCUGCUAAAGAGUGCCCAGAAUCCCUCUGCCAGUACAGUUUCAAUUCACAGCGUUUUGCUGAGCUCCUUUCUACCAAGUUCAAGUAUAGGUAUGAGGGAAAAAUCACCAAUUAUUUUCACAAAACCUUGGCACAUGUUCCUGAAAUUAUCGAGAGGGAUGGCUCCAUUGGGGCAUGGGCAAGUGAGGGAAAUGAGUCUGGUAACAAACUGUUUAGGCGCUUCCGGAAAAUGAAUGCCAGGCAGUCCAAAUGCUACGAGAUGGAAGAUGUCCUGAAACACCACUGGCUGUACACCUCCAAAUACCUCCAGAAGUUUAUGAAUGCUCAUAAUGCAUUAAAAACCUCUGGGUUUACCAUGAACUCUCAGGCAAGCUUAGGGGACCCAUUAGGCAUGGAGGACUCUCUGGAAAGCCAAGAUUCAAUGGAAUUUUAAGUCGGGCAACCACUUAUGAGUUGGUUUUUGCAAUUGAGUUUCCCUCUGGGUUUCAUUGAGGGCUUCUCCUAGCACCCUUUACUGCUGUGUAUGGGGCUUCACCACCCAAGAGGUGGUAGGUUGGAGUGAGAUGCUACAGAUGCUCUCAAGUCAGGAAUGGAAACCGAUGAGCUGAUAGCUUGAGCCUUUUAGUGAGUUCCGAAAAGCAACAGGAAAAAUCAGUUAUCUGAAAGCUCAAUAACUCAGAACAGGAGUAACUGCAGGGGACCAGAGAUGGGCAAAGAUCUGUGUGUGUUGGGGAGCUGUCGUGAAAAUCAAAGCCAAGGUUGUCAAAGAACAGCCAGUGAGGCCAGGAAAGAAAUUGGUCUUCUGGUUUUCAUUUUUUGCCCCUUGAUUUAUUGUAUUUUGUAUUGAGAUAUGGUAAGUGUCUUCUAUUUCAUUUUUGAAUAAUUCUUCAUUUUUAUAAUUUUACAUAUCUUGGCUUGUUCUAUAAGAUUCAAAAGAGCUUUUUAAAUUUUUCUAAUAAUAUCUUACAUUUGUACAGCACGAUGACCUUUACAAAGUGCUCUCAAUGCAUUUACCCAUUUGUUAUAUUUAUGCAGAAAUAUCUUACAUCAGGACAACUUU